AUGCAACUGAAAAUUGAUGCACCCCAUGGCAGAUCCCAAACAGCAUCAAAGGACAAGCUUUGGACGGAGCUGGAGAAGACAGCUAUGAAUCCUUUCUCGGAAUCCAAAAAUGGUUCUCAAGCAGGUCACCAAAGAAGGCAGCGAGAGGCGGUUGCCCAGACGCAUUGGUAUGAGCAGUUGGGCGAGAGAUGGGCUCGGGCGCUCUACUCAUACUACAAUUGGCGGACGGGCAGCACAAGUGACCUCCAAUUCCUCAUCGGCCUGAAUCUUUCGAUCAUCUUCAUCGGUGCUGGUUUGCGGCACUUUCUGAUCUACCGGAGUCUACCGUCCGGCGCCACAGCAACCUUGGGCCAGGACAUUUACAGGGUAUUUCUAUUGUUGUCCUUUGCAAACGGCUUGCCAGGCCCAGAGGAUUCACCGCUGGAAAGAGGCUUCUCUCUGGCAAUAUCAGGGAGCGGGCUGAUUGCUUUUGCUUUGACCGUGGCACUGGUGCAGCAGAGCGUCCGCGGUGCCAUUGAGGCAAAUGUGAAGACUGGCGGAAAUCUAUUUGAGAUUGAUCAUGUUGUGGUGCUGGCUUGGGGCGAGUCUCAGAGAUGCAUCGAGAUGAUCACACAAAUCUUGGAGCAGACCUGCCUUGCCUACAAGGCCACUGGAGGCAGAGCCAUUGCUGUCUUAAGCGCCCGCCCAAAAUUGGAAAUGGAGGAGAUGUUCAAGUCAUCCAUCCCAGUCAGCAAAAGAUACAAGUCCACCCUCAUAUUCCGCCAGGGAAGCCCGCUGGUACCUGGGGACUUGAAAAAGGUGGGGGCUGAGUGGGCUUCUGUUGCCAUCAUCGUGGCUGACUCCUCCAGGUGUCCAGACGAGGCCGACGCGCAAUCACUCAGGGCUGCUGUACUGCUGGAUGAGCUGGAUCGCCCUGCCGGGAGGCGCGCCCAGAUUGUUGUGGAGGCGAGGACACCCAACGCGCUGCGUCUGCUGCAGGCGGCUUGCUCCCGCCGCAUCAUUGCUGUGCCCACCACACAGCAUCCAGCGGUGGCGGACGUGUCCAAGGCGCUUUGGUCCUUCGCGUCGCCGUCGCAGGUGUUCUUGGAGAAGUUUCCGCAGCUGGUGGGCGUUCCCUAUGGCGAGCUGGCGCUGCAAUUCGCGGAUGGCACCGUGCUGGGCCUGCUCAACCGCCGCAGCGGCAAAUGCGACGUCGCGCCACCUACCGACACCCUGGUGGGCCCGCACGAUGAUCUGAUCAUGAUGCGGCCGACGGGGCUGGCGCCCGGCGUGUACCAGCCGCUGGCGGCGCCGCUGGUGGGUGGCAUUGGGGACUGGGACCCGGAGAAGUACGAGCGGCGCAAGGAGGCGCCCACGGGCAUCCGCGUAUCGCGCAGCUCCAUCGAAGGCGACGAAGAGCCCCUGCUCAAUGUCACCCCUGCCGGACAGGCUCCCGAGGAGCGCGGCGGGCCCCUCGCCUGGAUAGGGCAUCAGCUGGGCCUGGCAAAUGGCGAUGACCAGGCGAAGCAGGAGGGCGGCACCAGUAAUGGCGACGCGCAGAUGAUGCCAGCUGGGCAGCAGAAAGGGGACGGCAUGUACUACAUCGUCUCACCAGAAUUCACCGGAGGCCUUGGCAACCGUGAGGCAUGCGCCAUUGCUCCCACAUGCAGAAUACUAAACAGUGCGGUGCUGAUCUGCGGGUGGCAGGACACGCCGUUCAUGCUGGAGCUGCUGAGCGAUCUGGACCGCGGCAACAACCGGCUGCCGCGCGGGAGCGAGGUCACCCUCAUGAACCUGCACGAGGGUGAGGAAAUCGCACGCCACCUCAAGCGCCUGGGCCGCUGCCGCAUCGCCAUCCGCCACAUCGAGGCCAACCCCCUGCACCGCGAGUCCUUCAAGAAGGUUGACCUGGGCAGCGUGAAGUGUGCGCUGGUGGUGUGCGACAACCAGUGGCGGGACUCGGGCAGCAGCGAGGAGAGCGUUGAGGAGCACCUGCAGGCCCAAGACUACCUGCGCCUCGACUCCAUGAUCCUGGUCGUACAACUCAACAUCAGAACAUCUCUGGAGGAGCAAGGGCGGCCGGACAUCAACAUAGUGUGUGAGAAGGUGGCUGUGGAGCCCAAGGCGCUGGUGGUGUACUCGCGCAUGAACGGCGACUGCCAACUCAUCGUCCAGGACAGCAGCUCACUCUGCGCCGAGGGCGAACAGCUCAGCUACGCCACCCUGCAACUGCGAGCACAGGCAGUCGACCAGGUGCUGCUGGGGUACAGGGAGAUUCCUGAGACAGAGGAGGCCAUUGUGAGCGUGCUGAACCCCUCAGGGGCGGAAAUGCGCACGGAACAGCGCGUGUGGAAUGCCGGGGACUGCAGAAUAAAGCUGCUGACCUACCAGAGCAGCGCCAGCAAGGAGGCUGCAAGGGCCAAGGAGGGCGUGGCCGAGGAGAAUGCCACAGAGAAGAAUGCCCUGGAGAGGUGA